UUUUUGGGUUGGGCCGGGUAGUUUGAUGAGCGGAGGGCCGGAGGCCGAAGACCGAAGACCGAGCCGUGAAAUCGGAAUUGAAAGGUUCCUGACUCAGAGGCGGAAAUGAGCGCGCCAUCUCCGGUGCUGAAGAAACCCAAGUUGGAGGAGUCUCUUCUUUUGGUGGAUGAUUCUACCGACAUCAAUGGAGGCGGCAGCGGCGGAGGCGGAGGCGGAGGAGACGAUCUCAGCAGCAACAGAGAGGAGCAAGAAGAGGCACUCGUGGCUCUCGUCGAGCACCGAACCAAUGAAGUUGAACACCUCCGCCGCCGCGUCGCCUACUACCAUUCCGAGCUUGAUAAAGCAGAAAGGAGGUUGCGUGAUUCAGAAUCUAAAUUGGCUCGUAUUCGAUGCCAAGACAAUGUUGCGCCAUCUAAAAACUUGCUGGGUAAUGGAGUUAAAAGUUUCAUAGCAGAGAGCAGGUCAAACAGUCCUAUAAAUCAAGGUUCAUCCCGAAACCAGAUUCAAUCCCGACCAGAAUUGUUAAUUCCUGCUGCAAAUCCAAAAAUUUCCCAACCUAUAAAAUUGGUAGAGCCUGGCAUGAGAGCUUCUAUUGGUUCUAGUGCUCAAGCUAGCUCAUCAGUUCCCACUCUUUCUACUAAUGUUGGCAAGCUAAAAGGGGACAACUCUCUGAGAGCCUCUUUUGAAAAGGAAGCUGUUGAAAUUCAAGAUAAAAGGACAAAGAGGAAGUUUGAACAAAAGGAACACAAAGAAUUGAUCCCAUUGACACGUAGUUGUGCUUCACCAAUCUUAAUUCAUUGUUACGCGAGUUCUCACAUCUCUAGUCAGCACAAGAGAAAGUUGCGUAGUCUUGCUUUGUGUCCGGUGAAUGAUCAACUUUUUGUGACCAGUGCCUUGGACGGGGUCGUCAACUUGUGGCAAAUACAGUCUAAAGGAUCAGGUGCCUCUUUACUUAGUAGCACUGAUUGCCUAUCCCAAAAGCAUAGGAGGUGGCCAGAAGAUAUUGCAUGGCAUCCACAAGGAAACAGCCUAUUUUCUGUGUAUACUGCUGAUGCUGGGGAGUCUCAGAUUUCAGUUCUAAAUUUAAAUAAAACUAGAGAGAGAGAGCGCGUAACCUUUUUGGAGGACAAGCCACAUGUUAAGGGCAUCAUCAACAGCAUAAUUUUCAUGCCCUGGGAAGAUCCAUGUUUUGUUACUGGUGGCAGUGAUCAUGCUGUUGUAUAUUGGAAUGAGAAAGAUGGGGGGAACUUAUGGAAACCAAAGGCAUUGCACAGGAAUUUGCAUUCUUCUUCUGUCAUGGGAGUUGCAGGGAUGCAGCAAAAGCAAAUUGUGUUGUCUGCAGGCACAGACAAGAGAAUUGUUGGGUUUGAUUUGCUUGCAGGAAGAGCAGUUUUCAAGCAUCAAAUAGAGAACAAAUGCAUGAGCGUUCUGCCUAAUCCUUGUGACUUCAACUUAUUCAUGGUUCAAACAGGGACCCCGGAAAAGCAGCUCCGGCUGUUUGAUAUCAGGUUGAGGCAGACAGAACUCCAUGUAUUUGGAUGGAAACAAGAAAGCAGCGAGUCACAGUCAGCUCUGAUAAAUCAGGCAUGGUCUCCUGAUGGUUUGUAUCUCACAUCCGGCUCAGCAGACCCUGUGAUUCACGUAUUUGAUAUCAGGUACAAUGCUCGUAGACCUGCUCAGUCAAUUAAAGCUCAUCAAAAACGAGUCUUUAAAGCAGUAUGGCACCACUCUUUCCCACUUCUCAUUUCCAUCUCAUCUGAUUUGAACAUUGGGCUCCACAAGAUUGCAUGAAACUCAAGAGUCAACAAUUACUGGUCAUGUCUUUCCAAAGGUUUUGCCACUGUUUUUGGUUCCUCUUUUUGUUUCCCUUGCAAAGCUACGUGUUUUGUUUUCAAUAGGGACUUCUAAUUUCUGAGAGAACUUUUGGUUUUUAACAAAACCAUUGCAAUGCUAUAUCAUGGAAAAAAGUUAUUUUGGGAAAAAUUGAAGAGAAGUGCUGAGUGGAUUGAUGUAAACUGCGGCCACAGACGAAAAAUUAGCUACUUUGAGUUAUAUAAUGUAUUAUUUUUAUUUGAAAAUUCAAAUGCCAACUUGAUGAA